AUGGAAACCGGAGAAGCUGUUGUUGCGGGAAUUUUUCCAGAAUAUUUCUAUAGUUUUGUUGAAGAAUUAGAUGAACAUCCAUGGUUGUUCGCGGCUCUAGGUUCCGUGUUGGUUGGACUCAGUGGAAUUUUGCCACUACUAAUCAUCCCAAUAAACGAAACAGCGUCGUUUAAAGAUGGAGCUGGUGCGGCGACACUAAGAAUCCUGUUGAGUUUCGCCGUGGGUGGUUUGCUAGGGGAUGUCUUUCUUCACCUUCUACCAGAAGCGUGGCAACAUGACCUUGCCAGUACCAAAGAUGGUGAACACGUAUCAAUGAAAUGCGGUCUCUGGUGUCUGAUGGGCAUGCUGGUCUUCAUAAUAGUGGAAAAGCUCUUCGCUGCUGGUGAGGAAGAAGAGGAAAAGGCCUCCGUACAGCACAUAGAUAUAGAAGAGAUAGAGAAGCUACUGCAAGCUGAGAGGAAACAAAAGGGUGCGGUCUGUGGUAAUGGUGUAACAGCCAAACAGCUCUACGAUACAUGCGUUUUUAAUAAUAAUACUAAAGGUGGUGGCUGCUGCAGUAGUGUUAACGGUAACAACGGUGUAGUGAAGUGUAAAGGGAACCGAUGGAUGGGAAGGUGUUUGUUACGUGAGGCGAGGGAGAAAACACUACAUGCAACUAAGGAGAAGAGCGAGAAGAAAGAUGUUGCGGGAUACUUAAAUUUAAUGGCGAACUCCAUAGACAACUUCACACACGGUUUGGCUGUUGGCGGAUCCUUCCUGGUGGGAUUCAGAGUGGGAUUACUCACCACGUUCGCUAUACUCGUUCACGAAAUACCUCACGAAGUCGGUGACUUUGCUAUCCUUUUGAAGAGUGGAUUCUCACGUUGGGAGGCAGCUAAAGCACAAUUGGCUACGGCAUCGGCUGGUCUGAUCGGCGCCAUGACAGCUGUCAUCUUCAGUGGAGCCAGUAAUGCUAUAGAGGCCCGUACAUCAUGGAUAACCCCCUUUACAGCAGGCGGGUUCCUUCACAUAGCCCUCAUCACCGUCUUACCCGACUUGCUAAGGGAGGAAGACCGAUGGGAGUCCCUCAAACACCUGGCAGCGCUACUAGGUGGGAUACUACUUAUGGCCCUUAUGACGCACUACUGUUAG